AUGACUGACCGACCCAAUACCCCUCCCUCAGUGAGGCUGAGGCAGGAUAACUCAGCUCCCACAGAAGCAGCCCCCACCCACACUCCCUCCCCGCCCCCGCCCCCAUCCCCAUCUCAGUCAGCAUCUACACCCCAGAUCCAUCCAUCCCCAGCAUCUACACCCCAGAUCCAUCACUCCCCAUCCAUCCCCAGCAUCUACACCCCAGAUCCAUCUAUCCCCAGCAUCUACACCCCAGAUCCAUCACUCUCCAUCCAUCCCCAGCAUCUAGACCACAGAUCCAUCCAUCCCAAGCAUCUACACCCCAGAUCCAUCACUCCCCAUCCAUCCCCAGCAUCUACACCCCAGAUCCAUCACUCUCCAUCCACCCCCAGCAUCUACACCCCAGAUCCAUCCAUCCCCAGCAUCUACACACCAGAUCCAUCACUCUCCAUCCAUCCCCAGCAUCUACAUCCCAGAUCCAUCACUCCCCAUCCAUCCCCAGCAUCUACACCCCAGAUCCAUCCAUCCCCAGCAUCUACACCCCAGAUCCAUCACUCCCCAUCCAUCCCCAGCAUCUACACCCCAGAUCCAUCCACCCCCAGCAUCUACACCCCAGAUCCAUCCGCCAUCCGUCUCACACCUCACCACCCAAAAUAG